AUGGGUAAGAGAAAGAUGGACGAAGCCGCAGCCGAGCGGAUCCGGGCAGCAAGAGGUGACAAGGACCCCUUCGCCAGACGGGCAGCAACCACGGUGCGGCAAAGCAAGCAGGGCGGCGAAUCAUCAUCGGGCAAGAAAGAUGGAAGCAGCAGCAAGGAUGGCAAGAGUGAGGGGAGUGGUAGCAAGGGGACUAGUUCCUCAAAUUGGAGGACAUAG